AUGGCUAACCCUACUACUUUUCUUAGUAUUGUUGUUUUAAUGGUAGUGUGGUUGUGGGGGAGUGAUAAUCGUAUGAUAAAACUCACCUCUGCCAAUUCUUGCAUUGAGAGGGAGAGGAAUGCACUUCUCACCUUCAAAUAUGGUCUCAAUGAUUCUUCCGGAAGACUUUCUUCUUGGAAGGGUGACGAUUGCUGCCGAUGGAGUGGCGUCCGAUGCAACAACAUAACGGGACAUGUAGUCAAGCUCCACCUCAGACACCCAUUUCCAAAUCCAUCCUUCAAGGCUUAUGAUUCAAUGAACUAUGAUGAACAAAACGCCUAUGUAUCAGAUUACCGAAGGUCGUGUUUGGGAGGUAAGGUAAGUUCUUCAUUGCUUCACUUGAAAUAUUUGAAUUCUUUGGACCUGAGCUCAAAUAAUUUUGAAGGAAUUCAAAUUCCUAAAUUCUUGGGUAUGCUUGAAAACUUGAGAUAUCUCGAUCUCUCUUCUUCAUUCUUUGGCGGAGAGAUUCCACCUCAUCUCGGAAAUCUAUCCAACCUGAAUUCACUUCAUCUCGGUACUGAUUCAAUAUCGUUCGUCUUAACUGACCCCACAACGAACAUAGUUGAGCUUCAAACAGCCAAUUUGGAAUGGCUCUCCCGUCUCACGUCUUUGAAAUACCUCAACAUUGAAAGCGUGGCUAUCAAUGACACUAAUUGGGUGCGAUCAAUUAAUAUGCUUCCUAACCUUGUGGAGUUACACUUGCCUUAUUGUCGUCUACCGAACCUUCCACUCUCAUUCUCGUUCGUUAACUCUACUCUGCUUUCGGUCCUUGAUAUCUCUGGUCUUCGGUUUAGAUCUGAUCUUGGGUUUAACUCCUUAAUACCAAAUUGGUUGUUCAAUCUCACAAGCCUCACUGAAAUUUAUCUCCAAGGUAAUCGAUUCGGUGGAUCCAUUCCGAGUCAAUUCGUGAAGUUGAAGUCUUUGGAAUCCCUUGAUUUGUCUUCUAAUGAAUUUCAAGGUCAACUGCCACCGAUAUUUUUGGGAAAUCUUUGCAAGCUUAAAAUUCUAGACCUUUCUCGAAACAAUUUCAGCGGUGAGGUGGUUGAGUUUUUUGGUGGAUUCUUGGGCUGUCCAACCAAUAGUCUUGUGUCACUAAAUUUGGAGUACAACUCUUUCGAAGGUGAAGUACCCAAUUCAAUAGGAGUACUUCACAACCUUCAACAUCUCCGCCUCUUCAAUAACUCUUUCUCGGGUUCAAUGCCGAAAUCGAUUGGAAAUUUGUCGUCUUUGCAAGAAUUGGACCUCUCAUUCAACAGGAUGAAUGGAACCAUUCCGGAGAGUUUUGGACAACUCUCAAAACUCAUACACCUAAAUCUCGAUGAAAAUUCAUGGGAAGGUGUUAUAACAGAAACCCAUUUGAUGAAUCUCAAGAGUUUAAGACAUUUAACAAUUUUUAGAACAGGGAGAGUCAGGCCGUUGGUUUUCAAUGUGACAUACGCAUGGCUACCCCCUUUCAAGCUCAAGUAUCUCAAACUAGAUAAUUAUUGCCUAGUGGGCCCAAGGUUUUCAAUGUGGCUUCAAGUUCAAAGUGAACUCACUUAUGUGUCCCUUGGAAAUGUUGGAAUUGCAGACACCAUACCCGAGGAAUGGUUUUCGAAGAUAUCUUAUGGACUCACCUAUUUGGAUCUGUCUAACAACCAGAUCAAAGGGAAGCUCCCAUACCAUUUAGAAUCUCCAAAAUUGUGGUGGAUUGACUUGAGCAAUAACAGUUUUCAUGGUUAUCUCCCAUUAUGGUCCACCAAUGAAUUGGAGUACUGUUUUCUUCACAACAACUUAUUUUCAGGGCCAAUUCCAUCAAAUAUUGGUGACUUGAUGCCGCAACUAGGUUUUUUGUCUAUACAUGAGAAUCAUCUCAAUGGUACAAUUCCAUCAUCAAUAUGUACAUUAGGAAAUUUGCAAUAUCUUUACCUACGGACCAAUCAACUAUUUGGAGAGCUCCCUCAGUGUUGGAACAAAUUGCAAAAGUUAAUUUCCUUAGAUGUGUCCAACAAUAGUCUUUCAGGUAAAAUUCCGAACUCAAUUGGUUCCCUAAGUUCUCUUGUUAUAUUAUUGUUGAGUAGCAACAAUCUAGAUGGGGAAAUUCCUCCAUCCUUGUGGAACUGCACAAUGAUGACGACCGUUGAUCUUGGAGGAAAUAAUUUGUCAGGAAAAUUACCAUCAUGGAUAGGAGGAAAUGGCAUUGCAUUAAAAAUUCUACGGCUGCGAUCUAAUUCAUUCAUUGGGAACAUUCCUCACCAAUGGUGCAAUCUAAAAGAACUUCACGUCCUAGAUCUUGCACACAACAAUCUUUCGGGGGUCAUUCCCAGUUGCUUGAAAAAUUUAACAGCUCUAGUUUAUGGUAGCAACAGUCCGGCAAACUUCACCAAUGAGGAGCAAAUAAUUGUGGUGGCCAAAGGACGUGAACUCAAAUACAGUUGGACUAUUCAAUUCGUAAAUAGUAUUGAUCUUUCAGCGAAUAAGCUAGUUGGUGAAAUUCCUGAAGAGAUCACAAGCCUCAUUGCACUAAAUACCUUAAAUUUUUCAAUGAAUCGUCUUUUUGGACACAUUCCAGAUAACAUUGGAAAUUUGCGAUGGUUGGAAACUUUAGAUGUUUCAAGCAACAAUUUCUCGGGACCGAUUCCCCAAAGUUUGUCGUCAUUAACAUCUUUGGCUCAUUUGAACUUCUCUCACAACAAUUUGGUAGGAAAAAUACCUUCUGGAUAUCAGCUGCAAACACUCGACGAUCCAUCCAUUUAUGAAGGUAACCCUUUACUUUGUGGACUCCCUCUUCGAACCAAGUGCCAAGGUGAUGAUGCAUCUAAUGCUCUUCCCGCCGGCAAUGAUGAUGAUGACGAAAAUGAAGUUGAAAUGGUAUGGUUCUAUGGAAGCAUGGGACUUGGAUUUGUGGUGGGAUUUUGGGUUUUUUUUGGUACCUUAUUGAUAAAGAAGUCGUGGAGGCAUGCUUAUAUUCAAUUCUUGGAGAACAUGAUCGAAAGGAUAGCUCUUAUGAUUGAAUUGAGUGUGGCUCGUUUGCAAAGAAGAUGGGAUCAGUGA